CACAAUCUAAUAUCUGUGUCAACCAAUAUAUGCAGGAAAACAAAGAAGGCCUUGAACUAUUGAAGGCAGCCAUAGAAAAGGCUGGCUACACUGGAAAGGUGGUCAUUGGGAUGGAUGUUGCUGCUUCUGAGUUCUUCGGUGAGAAAGACAAGACUUAUGAUCUUAAUUUCAAGGAGGAGAACAACGAUGGCUCAAACAAAAUUUCAGGCGACAGCCUGAAAGACCUGUACAAGUCCUUUGUUUCUGAGUACCCUAUUGAGUCGAUUGAAGACCCAUUUGAUCAGGAUGACUGGAGCACUUAUGCCAAACUCACUGAUGAGAUUGGACAGAAAGUGCAGAUUGUAGGAGAUGAUCUUCUCGUUACCAACCCCACCGUGAGUAACAUUUAG